CCGAAAACAAUAUUAUCAUCAUGGCGCUUGCCGAUGUCUGUGGCUUGAAAACAAACCAGUUAAAAAAUAGUUUUCUUAGUGAUUUUGGAGGGUCAUCUACACAUUUGUUAGACGAUGCCUUAACUUCAACAACUAACUUCACAGUCCCUUACGGCAUAGAUCCGGUUGAGAGUCUAAAGGAAUUUACAAAUCCUAAAAGUGAUGUCAAGAUCCACUUUGACCAUGGAACCACAACCCUGGCCUUCAAAUUUCAACAUGGUGUCAUUGUUGCUGUUGAUUCAAGAGCCACUGCAGGACCUUCUAUUGAGUCCCAGACAGUUAAAAAGGUGAUUGAAAUCAACCCGUAUUUACUUGGAACUAUGGCCGGUGGAGCUGCAGAUUGUGCCUACUGGGAGAGGGUACUAGCGAGGCAAUGUCGGAUAUAUGAAUUAAGGAACAAGGAGAGGAUAUCGGUUGCUGCAGCAUCGAAACUAUUGGCAAAUAUUGUAUACAACUACAAAGGAAUGGGACUUUCCAUGGGAACUAUGAUUUGUGGAUGGGACAAAAGGGGACCUGGUCUGUACUAUGUUGACAGUGACGGAGAACGAAUGUCUAACAACAUAUACUCUGUGGGUUCUGGGUCAGUCUAUGCCUACGGUGUUUUAGACAGCGGCUACCGAUACGACCUUUCUGUGGAGGAAGCUAUUGACCUUGGAAGGAGGUCGAUCUACCAUGCCACACACAGGGACGCAUACAGUGGUGGUGUAGUCAACUUGUACCACAUGAAGGAAAGUGGUUGGGAAUUCAUCUCACAGACCGAUGUAUUUGAUCUCCAUUAUCAGUAUAAGGCCGAGAAGGAGAAGAAAUGAGAACUGAUCAUCUCUGUGUAAAAGUGCUAUCAGAACAAUACAUCAUCAUGUUCCUGCAAUGUUGUCAUUUGUUGGUAAUAAUAUGUAAAUAAAAAUUUUGUCCAUUGAA